GAGCAAGUAUUCAGUUUAGAAGCCGUAAGCCAGAGAUUCACGGUCCUCCAUUACAUUAGACUUGGUAUAAGUAAUCCUUUUUCUCGCUGGACAAAAUUUAUAUCUCCACAUCAAAAUACAACCAGUUACAUCAUAUUCCUAGACAUUGAUCACCAAUUACUCAACGUUUACCUAUCUCAUAACUUUAAGAGACUUUCAAUCCCAAGACAAAAAACAACAAUGGCGGAAUUAGGACCCAGCGGUGAACCCCAACAUGCACCCCUCCGACGAAACCUCUUUGGUUGCCAAUUUACGUACGAUAACAUCAAUCUUCUCCAAUGCAACGGCUAUUCUUUCGAUUUUCUCCCAGAUCCAGAGAUCUUCCAUGAAAAAUACUAUGAUAUCAAUUACUGGAAGGCACAGCUAGCAUUUCGGGGAGCGUCAUUGGCUGGAAAUAAUAUGGACGAACUUAUUGAGCGUUGUAUUCAUGCUGAACUUCCGGAUAGAAUCCAUCCGAGAAUUGCGGUUGCGACAAUUCACUUAUCGAGGAGAUGGGCUCGCUUGACCUGGGGGGAAGAUCAAUGGUCAGAUGAGGAAGAAGAAGAGGAGUGGGAAGAGGAUUGGGAGAGUGAAGGAGAAAAUGAGGAAAUAUAUGACGCGGAGAUUGAGGAUGAGGAGGUGGAAGAAGAUGAAAAUCUGGAUGGUGACGACGAAGACAUGGAGGAGGAUGAUACUGGGUUAGCUUUGAGGGGGUUUGAGGAACUGAUCAAUGGUGUUCGAAACAGUGGCGGAGAUUGGACUGUGAUUCAGCGUUCAUAUCGUCUGUAAUACAGAACAUCUUCAUUUGUGACAUGGAAUGACGUUUAAUUUUUAUAGUAGAUUCAUCCCUGAUUUCCCUGAGCCGUGUCAGAACAUUCAGGUGUAUAACAUAGUUCUUGGUGGUCUUGAAUGUCUAUUGAAUCUCUUUGGAUUA